CACAAUUAUAAACACAUGGAUUCACUAUUAAAUUUUUUCUCUCUCUCUCUCUUUCGAUUACCUGCAGGCGAAGAUGUUUCAUUCAAGCUUCUUGUUGACGAAGAGAUCGAAGACACAGAGACCUUCCAGUUGGAGUUCGUUGAAACCGACAAGUACGCCAUCAGGGUAUGUGACCCCAAGAAGAACUCCAGAGAUGCUAAGUUCUGGAAGACCGUCGCUGCUGGUAUCCAGGCUAACGGCAACUCAAAGGACCAGGCGGACUGUCAAUUCUCUGUCGAAUACAACGGCAAGCACAUGCAUGUGCGUGCUCCAGGAGGCAAGUAUGUUAGUGUCCGUGACAACGGCCAUCUCUUCCUUCAGGAUUCACCCAAAGACUUCAUCUUCCGUCUGCUCAACCGACCCAAGCUGGUUCUCAAGUGCCCUCAUGGAUUCGUGGGCAUGAAGGAGGGCAAGGCUGAGGUCGCCUGCAACCGAUCAAACUUUGAUGUCUUCACUGUCACCUACAAGGAAGGCGGAUACACUAUCCAAGACUCCUGUGGCAAGUACUGGUCUUGUGAUGACAGUAGCCGCAUCGUUCUUGGAGAGGCAGCAGGUACUUUCUUCUUCGAGUUCCAUGAGCUCUCCAAGUUUGCUAUCCGAGCAGAAAGCAACGGCAUGUUGAUCAAGGGCGAGCAGAGUGGCUUGUUUACCGCCAAUGGUUCCGAGGUCUCAAAGGACACACUGUGGGAAUUCUAAACAAAUUGGGCUUGAAAGAAGCCAAAUCCAAAUCAGAAGUAGAGUAGCUGACAAGCCAGCCACUCUAUCUAUUAUAUCAAUUGCAAAUAUUGUACAUUUUUUUAAUACAAAAAUAUUUUCAAAGGUGCAUAAUAAUUAUUUCAUACUCUGGUGGGAUCUUUAGGAUCAUAUUUUCUCAUUGCCUUGGCAUACUGACUUCCAUUAUCCCUCAUUUUUAAAAGGUAAAUUGAUCACUUAAUAUCAACAGAAAGGAAAUGGAAGUAGGUCUCUGGAAAUUUAGAAGAAUAGAUGACUAUCCAGUAUCUUCAAAUAUUUGCUGUACCUGUCUCAAAAAAACCCAUAAAAAACCCUCUGUUUUGUGCUGUCUUAUAGCCAUAAAUAGAGAUCAAUUCUGGUGGUAUAUGCUACUUAAAAUCAGGCUUGAAAAUAGAAUAAAUGGAAUGGAAUGGAUUUUCAAAAAGAUUUGGAAUGAUAAAUUCGCAGCCAGUGUCCGUGACAACUCUUGCAUACCAGAAGCACUGAACAGUCUCUGCCGCACCGCUCGCCCAGGUGUAUUGAUGUGACUGUACUUUUGAACAAUAAAACAGAUCUUUUCGUCAAGUUUGGAUAUAAAAGUGGAUUGAAAUGCACGAAUAGAUUCGACUUGUAUAGGGCAUGGUGGACAUUAAUUUUACAGAUACUUUUAAUAUACCGGUAAAAAUCAAUCAUAUAGAAAAUGAAAACAGGGUGUAAUAUCUCAAAUACCAUUCAUGAAGAUCAUGCAAAAUGCAGAUUGUGAUUUAAUAUUGGCAAUAGCUGUUUGGAUUGUGAUAGAAAUUACAAAUAGCAGGUUUUUUGUACACAUUAUAUAUUGAUAUACCAUGGAUAUAUCAAUACUUUUUUAUUGUCACAUUGCACUCUUGUCUGUUCUGUUGAUAAUGGAACAUACAUUUUGAUUCCGAACAAAAACUUGCUAUGCACAUUUAUGAUUGUAUAGUAAAUGAAUGAUGAGUGUAUUAUCUCAGAAGGUAUAUAAUUCCUGUUGUAUGUGAUGAGUGUGUUUUUGGCAUAAGCAUAUAAAGGACUGCUUGCUUCUUUCAAAUGUAACAUUUGCAUUCCAAAAUGAUUCUCAAAGUUCAUGAAAAUUACUAAAUAUCACUUACAUUGUCAAUUCACUGGGAUUUCAGUGGUUUACAACAUGAGUAGUUCAGUGUUAACAUUUUAUUAUUUUUUCCAACAUGCACUUGAUAUCAUUUUCCUUCAUAAUAAUCAUUGUACGUUUGGACUCAAACAUACCAUAUCCAGCGAAAGAUAAACGUGGACUAUACCUCCCUCUAUAUGCCUUUGAAAUUUCCCUCACGUUGUGCUUGUGUGAGUUAUAUAUCCCCUAUACCCCAUCCUAUCUUGUACAUAUUUUGAAAUUCACAUUCCUAAAAAAAAAGAAAAACACACACACUGGAAGAGAAACUCAUAUUGGAAAUGGUGGUCGAAAGUGGGCUCUUGUUGGUUGGAAGAAUGACAUAUACCCGCACAGACAGCACGACUCAAUGACGAUUCCUUUCAGCUUCCAAAGGAUCUAUUUUGAUAUAUAUAUUGCUUAUAAAUAAGGCAAAGCAACUUUGAAAUGACAAGGCAGUUGUUAUUACAUAACAUUGUACUCGUUUGUAACUUCUCUGCAGCUUUAUUGAUUGUACAUGUGAGCGUUAUACAUUUUCAUAUGAAGACAUCAUGCACGCCGUCAUUAGAAAGUAACAUCAUUCCAACUUUAUUAUCCAUUUAAAAUGUGUAUCCAUUCUGUUCUCUUUUUUUAAAGUUCUGGUUUUUAUUUUUUGGUCUUUCAAAUGUGUACUACGCCUGUAAAUAUUCGAUUGUUUUUGCUAUGACGUAACAUUAAUUUAUGUAUCAUAAUGAUGAAGAAACUGGAAUUAUUUCUGCAUCAUUUUUAAUGGCGUAGCAAUAAUGUAACUUAAAGGCGUCGCGUAGAAUUUUAGUAUUAUUGUCUUGUCUCCAUAGGUGCACGCAAUGCUUGCAGACACUAAAUAAUUUGGCCUAGUUGAGACACAAAAAGAUACUAUUUACUACUAAAAGAGAUUGGAAGAUUAGAACCGUAAAAUCGUAAUUUUUUAAUGAAUAUUAUUAUGUCUAGGUUGCGACGUGGUUUCCGACUGUUUGCUUAAGGAAUCGUUGAAAAUUAUGUUGUUCCCUCCUGUUUCGAAAUGGCUUCUCAUAUAUUGUUUUUUUUUAUAUAGAUAUUUCGUUUGCGUAUAUAGAAGAGCACUAUAUAGCAAUAUUAUUAUUAUUAUUGUAUCAUAACAUUUUUUCUUAAGGUGUAAUAGCACUGCUAAAUCUUUGACUAACUUUCUUUUUUCUAACACUUUUGGAAUCUGUCGUUGUCAUUCGUUGGAUGUGACGGCGUUUCCUUAAUCAGCUAUGCACUGUCAAAAUAAAAAUGUAGGUAUUGAUUAUUAGAUGAAAUCACUAAAACUAAGUUACACGUAUUUUACCAAUAAUGUACACGCUUAAAUGCUAGAGUACGCCGGUUAUUUUAACAGGGUAUAUGCAUAGCGCACGGUCGUGAACUUGUAAAGAGGUUGAUGAUACAUAUAAACAUUGCUAAGGUUGAAGAAAAAAAGUAUGGUUUAUUGCAUGUAAUAAACGGCCUUAUAAAUGGGAAA